AUGGAGUAUAUCGCGGCCGAGCGAAUUCCACUAGUGGUGGCUCCAUGUCGGGAUUUUGAAGCUGAUGCUACUGCAAAAGAGAAUUUCAAAAGCUCCUCACCAAAAUAUAUUUUAUUUGAAUAUGGAGACCGAAUGCCCGUAGCAGUUCCUGCAGGCUCGACAACAUCAGGUUCUAACGCCAAGUCUGGUACUGGCCGUACAUCUGCUGCUAGUAAUACCGAGACUGCACGUACUCAAUCACCGUUGCCAUCACCUGGAGCAUCAUCAAUUCUAUUUCGAACUGAACUGGACAGUGUUCCAGAUCAUUUAAAGCCAUACCUGGUUCCUUAUGCCGUCAGUUCUGACCCAAGAGACCCUCCGUCGGCCACCGCCGAGUCAACUCGCAGACGCCUUUCUGCUACUAAUCUUCCUAUCCACCUUCGCAAUUUAGCGGUCAUUGACUCGACCUAUUCAGGAUCUCAUAAAUCAUCCGACUUGUACUUCGCUAUUCUUCUUCCUCUUUUAAAAGCAUUUGGAUUGGCCCAUGUGUACGUAGCAACCACGGGCCCAUCGACUAUUUCUAAUCAUGCAAAAUCAUUUUCAUCAUCAUCCACAGUCGUGCUCAUGGCCGGUGAUACUUCUGUUCACGAGUUUGUUAAUUCACUCACCGAAACCCGUGAAAAGCUACGCCUUAAUGUGGUGGUCAUCCCCACUGGCACUGGAAAUGCUCUGUCUGUAUCUAUUGGCCACAACUCAGUAGCUCAUGCUAUCUCUCGGCUCUUUACUGGACAAGCAGAGCCUCUUUCUAACAUGAAGGUUGAAUUCCCUCCCGAAUCGUCACUAAUAAUACCCACAGACCCAUCUAAUCCCGCUCCCAUUCAAUCCCUUCAGUCAUUGGUCGUCACAUCAUGGGCUUUCCAUGCCGCUCUUGUUGCCGACAGUGAUAGUCCCGAAUACCGUGCCCAGGGUCCUGGCAGAUUUGCACUGGCUGCAAGGGCCAAUCUAGAAGAUAAGGAUCAAAACUAUGAGGGCACAAUAACCUACAAUUCUAACGGCAAAAGCCGAGUCCUUGCUGGCCCACAUUCAUACGUCCUAUUUACACUUGUCAAUCGCUUAGAAAAGUCGUUUCCCGUUUCGCCAGAUUCCAACCCAGCCGCUAGCGGUGACCUACAUCUCGUUCAAUUCAACCACCUCGAAGGGCCUAGCAUCAUGGAGAUUAUGCAAAAAGUCUAUAACAACUCGUCGCAUAUUAAAGACCCACGAGUCACCUACGAAAAAGUCGACCACGGCACACCAUCGUCUGUCAUCGCCACGCUCCAGGUCGACAACGCAGACCCCAUUUAUAGAAGAUGCUGCGUCGACGGCCGUAUAAUCAUCGUUCCUGCACACGGAACCAUCAAGAUCUAUGAGCCAACCAGGAACUAUAACGGUUGGGAUUUAUAUAUUGUCAAAUAG